AUGGACAAUAAACAUUCACAAGCGAAGGCAGAGACGGCACAGGAGACCCGUCCGCCCGCUAAAGACUCACCUUUCUCUAUCAAGAACCUGCUCAACUUCGACAGUAAACCUUCCAAACCGAAGACGCUGCUUGCCGCCACCAAGGGACUAUUGGAAGGAGGUUUCUCUCUCUCCCGGAUCGGUGAUUUAACUUUUCCUAGUUUUGACAUCCCAGCCCAGAGAUUUGGAUUAUCGGCGCACUAUUUGGAACGACCGUCGGCGUGGUGGUAUCCCUACGCGCUUGGCACAUCGGGACACCAUCUAUACAGGACCGGAGGGUUUGAGAAGGCCAUCGUGCGAGACACACCAUCAACAGGCGGGGACCGAGACACACCGGAGCUGCUGCGAAAAUCACCCGACCCAGACGACCAAGAGGACGACAAAAACAAAAGUACUGAUGAUAUCGUUCUGGAGGAGAGUGAUGGGGAUGAACCAAAGAAGGAAGUAGAGUUGGUGAAUGACUGGAGGAAAAUGAAAGACGAGAACUCGGAUAAAAAAACGUGUAGGAAAAAGAAAACGCGGACAGUCUUCUCAAGGAGUCAGGUAUUUCGGUUGGAGUCGACGUUUGAUAUGAAACGGUACCUCAGUAGCUCGGAACGGGCAGGCCUGGCGGCAUCCCUACACCUCACAGAGACCCAGGUGAAAAUCUGGUUCCAGAACAGAAGGAACAAGUGGAAACGACAGUUGGCCGCGGAACUCGAAGCGGCCAAUCUGAGCCACGCCGCGGCCCAGAGGAUAGUUCGCGUUCCCAUAUUGUACCACGACAACACCCGCUCAGAAACGGGCAGCGCUGGGAACGUGUCAGUCAGUCAGUCUCUACUAACAUUCCCUCAUCAAAUGUACUAUUCACAUCCACUAGUCACAUCCGUGCCGCUGCUGAGACCAGUUUGAGAGACUCAUUUAUUGUGUUGAUAUUUCUGUAUUUGAAUUUAUGUAUUACAAACAUUAUUAGGCCUAUUUUUAUUUAUUUUUAAUCUAUGAUAAUAGUUGGUGUUGGUUAA